AUGGAUGCAAAUGCAGAAGUGAGGACUAGAGGCGUGAAGGCCACAGUGAAAAGCGCAGGGCGGGGGCGAGAUAUGCGCCACAGGAAAUAUUCAAAUAAGGUUCACAUUCGGACGCGUGUUGCCGAGUGGAGUUGGGUGUUCAAUGACCGUCAGCUCACCCAACUGUUCCUCUCUCCUCUCUUCUUUCCUGCCAUCUCCCUCCACGCCAACAGGUCAGCCUCAUCCGUCGCUACUCUCGCCCACACCCGCCUACAAGUUCCUUCUGACACCGAUCGUUGCCAGAUCCCCCGUCGGUGGGCACGGAAGCGACAAGCCAAGACCCGACAGCGAUCACCCCGGUUGCAAUCAACCGCCCUAUAUCAUUGUGUCCUCGUGCCCUUUCGAUCAGCAUACAUGUACUCGUCCUCCGCCAAAGCAUAUCGCCCCCACCACUCCUCUCGUCCUUCCAACCAUAGAGCCAGAUCCAGCUCAGAUCCAUUCUCCGAUCCUAUAUAUCCCGCCCCUACCGUUGCCUAUUCCAGAUCAGACGCCCCGCCGCCUCCACCCAAACAACAACAGUACAAGAAGUCCACAAGGCAGUACACUGACUCUCGCGACCCGCGUAUGCUCGAGUCAGCCGUGCGCGACACCGUGACGGUCCGUCCAGUCGAUACCCCCUCCAGGACAAGGAUGGGCAGAAGUCAAACAGGUGGGGUUCCAACGAACGUCGGCGGCUCCAGACACGCUCCACCCCCAACUAGACGCUCCUAUUCUCAGGACUCUGCAACUCGCGCCGCAGCCGCCAUGGAAAAGUCUCGCAAGGCAGGCGCCAAGAACAAGAAAGGUUCUACUCAUGCGGACGUCAUUGACAGACUCGACUUCACAGGUGUUGGUCCGAUGUUCCAUCACGAUGGACCCUUUGAUGCCUGCGCCCCAUCUCGCAAUCGCCAUAAAUCCAAGGCGCCGAUGAUGGCUUGGACUUCUCCAGAAGAUGAUGGGCCCAUGUCUGCGGCUCAGCUACGUGCUGAUCGUAAACGAGGCCUGCCCGAUGUAGCUGGACUUCGCGAGUCUCCUUACCCCACCUUUGGAGCCGACACUGACCCUUACGGGACUCAGAAGAACGCAAAGCAAGUGGACCGCAUCGCGGAAGCAUGGGGUAUGCAUGAACCCGAGCCAUAUGAAGAGUUCUUCGGAAGCGGAGCCGGCCACGGCACAGGAGACAAUUCCGCUGCAAGUUCAAUCUACGGAGGGUACGAAAGCCACUAUCAUAACGCGAGGAACAGACCUCAAGGGCGCGAAUUACGUGAAACAUACGCUGAAGACGCGCAGCCAAGGAAGGCAAAGGUCCGCGUACCUCCACCACAGCCGUUGAACUUGCCUGGUACUGGCCGGUCAACCUCCUUGGAUGCUCCAUCUAACUCGUUGCCAUCGCCUCCCCUCACUGGCUCGCCAGGUGCGCCAAAGAGGAGCAAGUCGCUUAUGCAGAGAAUCAAGAAGAUGCGUGAUCAACCGAAUGUCCCAGUUGAAGCCGUGCAAGGCGAUGGAAAUCAGUCGCCACCUUCAUCGAGCGAGAAUUAUCCGCCAGGCGGAUACUCUGAUGGAGGCCGGCCGAGUCGUCCGACACAUCGUCAGCAGAAUUCAUUCUUUGGCCGUUUUGGUGGUCGAAAUGCAAGUGCGAAUGCUGGGGCGACAUCGCCUUCACCGGACAUGAAUGAAUCGUAUGUUUAUGUGGAGAGAUCGACAAACAACAAGGCGCUGCCACCCCGUCCAGCUGAAACACCCAUAACACCACUCAACGGACAUGAAAAGGAUGGUUAUUUCGACGGCCCGCACUCGCCUGGCGGAACACCAAUGAGCCCCGGAAAUGGACUUGGACGGAAGACUAGCCUUCUCAAGAGAGUGAGAGGCGCGGUACGUGUUGGUGGUAAAUAG